AUGUUGACUGUGUCUCUGCUUGUUUGUGCCUUAAUUGCUCUGGCCAGAGCUGAUGCUACUUGCCCUGAUAAUUGGAGUGAGUUUGGAGGUCGCUGUUUCCAUUACGUUUCAGUACAGAUGACCUGGGCUGAGGCUGAGAAAAACUGUCAGGCCAUGAAAGCAAACCUCGCAUCGGUAAAAAAUGCUGAAGAU